UAUUGCACGGAUAAACAGUAAAACCCGGCACGUCUCUCAUGUAUGGAUAAAUUAACAAAUAGAAAAUGACGGAAAUUGAAUGGAAUGUAGAGAAUGAGAUCCAGUUGUUUUAUGCCAUGAUGGGCCAUAAACCAGUAGUUAUGAUGGCAUGGGAGAACACUACUGUCUUGAUGUAGCAGCAUUUCACAUCUUGGACAGCAUUCACCUUCCUAAAUGGCUUCUGUUAUGGAGGUCUACAGCAAGUAGGACACUGUUUAUUUACACUGGUAAAUAAGCUGGAAAGAUUUCUGAAUAAUGUCUCAUUGAAGCAGAAAUGUACCAUUGAGCAUUGCCCAUAUUUUGUCUUCAUGCUAAAUCAAAAAUGGUAAAGUCCUGAAGAUUUGAACUAUGGAACAUUAUCAUGUACCAACAUGGAUUUUGUCUGGCCGCAGAGGAUUAUAGUGGAGUGUACGCCCGGGACCAAUACCAUAUUCUGUUGAAAGGCGACAGAUCGACUUCUUUGGACUUUGGUGUGAAUAAACAUUUCCAAAUGAUGUUCAUCCAUGAUAAACUCAGCUCCUCCCUCAACUGUGAGCUGUCAACUCGCACCAUAUGGAACAAACUGGAGACCUUAUAUGACAUGGCUGCCCUGGAUGAAUCUGAUAAAUUACCAUUCCCAAAUGAUGAAAAUGAAUUCAAUUUACCAGAAGUGGAAUUUUCUGAUUUGUUAGAUGAACGAAGUAAGCCAGAUAUAAAAGAAGAUAACAAAGAUGAAAAGGAAAUUCGUGCGCGAGGUCGACCGCCAAAGAAAGACCCUGACAAGGAUUACAAAGAUGAAGGAGUGAGACGUGAACGUGCACGUGAACUGCGAGAUGAUGAUGAUGAUACCCCACGAAAACCAGGAAAAAGGGGACGGGAUUCUAAGCCGUCUUCUCCGGCCCACACCCCAACUUCGAAUAAAAGACGAAGGAAUUAGUUACUUAACUUAACUCAACCCAACCCAGACCGAUUCAGCCUAAUCAAAUUCAAUCCCACCUUACCUAAUAUAGCCCAACUCAGUCUAAUCCAGUUCUACCCACCCCACCCAAACUAACCCUACCUACCCCAAAUAAUCCACUGCAGCCAACUCUGCCCUCCUCAACCACUUCAUCCCUGCCAACCCAACCCAUCUACACUAACUUAUGCUUUGGACUUCAAUAUCUUUUAAAUUUAUUCCUAUAUAAUUUCAAUCACUUGUUAAAUAUUGUUUAACAGUAGAAUCCCAGUUAUCCGGUAUCCAGGCAACCAGUAGAUUCAACUAACCGGCACCAAAGGAAAUAAUAAAAAUAAAAAUUCCUCCAAAAUCUGCUUGUACCGUUAGUUUGAAUACCGCACACAACAAGGAUGAACUACCAUAUUUAUUGCUAUGAUAAACAAUAAAAUUGAUGCAUCGCAUAUCAUAAAAUACAAUUGCAUAUACUGUACUGUAAUUUAUGUACCAAAAAUAGCUCCUUCCACACUCAAACCAUCUACUGGGUGACACGACCCACUUCAACCAAGCAGUCAACCAGAUGACCCACAGACAUGUGGCUGCCGUUCUGCAGCAGGGAGGGAACAUGGCCACACACACCCAUGCUCUUCAUUUUUCUUAUAUAUUAUUUCUUCCUUUUUCUAAGCCACAUUAGGUUAUUGUAAUGAUUUUUUGACAACUUAUUAGUUUCAUUACAAGUAACAUUAUAUGAGUAUGGCAAGUCAGAUACAUAGUUAUAACCAAGGCCUUGACUAUAACCUCCUUCACACAUGUUCACUUCUCACACCCAUGGUCUAUAUUUUCUUGUUUUAUAUUAUAUUUUAUUUAUUUUGAAGCUACAUAAAAUUAUUUUAAUGAUUUUUCAACAACUUUUAUAGUGUCAUUACAAGUAACAAUAAACAUGGCAGCCUGGCUGGUGAGUCGACGGCGUCGUUAUAGCCCUCCUCCACACACAUUCACUUCCCGUACAUACACACCCAUGCUCUUUAUUUUUCCUAUUUUAAUUUUAUAUUAUAUUUUCUUUAUUUAUAAGCCAUAUCAUUUGUUUAAAGUGGAAUAAGUGUUAAAGAAGUCUAUUUUUCUGAGACACGAAUUUGUGAGGUCAGCUUGUAAAACUGUGCAGUGAAGAAUUUAUUGGGGGAUCCUAAGAGUGAGGUUCAACUGACUGGAAAACUCUAUUUGCCAACUCUCAAUCCCCGUAGGUGUCAGAUAACUGGGAUUCUACUGUAUAUUUGAAAAAUAAUCCCUGAUUUGGGCUAAGGCGUCAUAAAUUAAUAUCAAUGUAAGUUGGACAGAAGCCUUAUACAGCAAUACAGUAUUGCCAUUGGCAAAAGUUGAAUUGGCUUCGCAUGUUUACAAAAUGAUGAAGACUGCAGUAUGGUGUAACUGAUGUAUAGUACUUAUUUUGAAUAUAAUGUAAAUUUGUUUUU